UCAAAUUAGGCUAUUAAUGUCGGCCUCCGUUCCGUGGAUCGUGAGAAUAGUGCAACUGCAAGAAGAAAUAAUGAAGAAGCAUGCAGUUGUAGCUGCUGCCGGCGGUAAUAGGAAAAGGAAACACUCUUCUUUUUGUAACCGUCAAGUCUCCGAUCUCAACACCUUAUUCGCUUUCUUACUCGCAUCCCUCUCCAAUUCCAAUUCCAAUUCCAAUUCCACUCUUCCCUUCAUCAACAAAUGCUUAUCCCAAUUUCACUCUUCAUUUCUUUCCAAUUCCUCACUCACACCCAUCCUCGCCUUGCUUCCAACUCUCCUCGCUUCCUCACACUCCCAAAUCGCACGCCGCGCCGCACGUAUCAUCGGCUCUGCCUCCCUUGUUUCCCUCGAAAUCAACCAACAAAUUGCCACCGAUUCUCAAACGGUCAAGGCGUUAAUCUCUCUGUUGGAUAAUCCUAAUAAAAAGGUUCUCUUUUCUGCUUGCAAUGCCGUUUUGGAUUUGUCCACCACCACUUUCGCGAAACAACAACUUAUCAACUUCUAUGCAUUGCGCAAACUAAUGUUUGUGUUUCUUCAGAUUUUUAAGCGUGUGGAAUCUGUCUGUUUAUGGUCUGAGAGAAAUGAAAGUUUUCACUCUCUUCAGAUUGGGAUUAGGGAAGAUGAACUAUCUGUGGCUUUACUCAGUGCAAUUAUUGUUCUUCUCAAUGCCUGUGAUCUUGAACAACUACAUAAUAUCCCCAUAAGCCUUUGUGAUGCAUUCUUGAGCAUUCUAAAACAGAUAAGGGCAAAUGCUUGUCGUCAUUUGGUAAUCAGAGGUGCUGUGAAAUCUGAUGAAGAAGGACAACUUUGCAAGAGUAACAUUGGAGUUAGUGAUCUCGCAGAAAGCAUUUUUAGGCUUUCUGUUAAUGCUUCACAACUUACUGUCUCAUUGCCAUUUGAAGUUGUCCGAAGAGGUCUUUUCGGCACGAGCGACAUUAGUUUUGAAGAUUUUAUGUCCAAUUACUGGGAGGUUUCGCCUUUUCUUCUGACAAGGACAUCAGGGGAUCUAAAUGUGAAUGAUAUGUUUAGCCCAUUUAUUCAAUCUUUGAACUGGAAUGGGAGUGUUCCUUCCCUCCUUCAUUCAAUUCUUCAAGGUCUUGUGUCUUGUUUUCCUAUUGCUUCAGAGGAGCAAAACAUCCUCAAUUUUGUGAAUGAGGUGAAAGAUAAACUUGGUUGUCCUAUAAACUACCAGCAGGAUAUACGAGUUGUAAAAACUGAGAGCCAAUCAAGAAAAGAGACACAUUACUUUCAGGAAUUUUAUCCGGAAGGCUGUAUGAAACCUCUAUAUUUGACUACUGAAGAUGUCUUAAAGUGUGAGCAAGCUUAUAAAGAGGGUUAUACUGUUGCUCUGCGUGGUCUGGAGUUUCGAUAUCAGAGUAUUGCUGCUAUUGCAGAUGCAUUAGCACUUAUGUUUGGCCAACCUUCAGUAGGUGCCAACUUGUACUUAACACCACCUAAUUCUCAGGGGUUGGCCUGCCACUUUGAUGAUCACUGCGUUUUUGUCUGCCAGAUUUUUGGCUCCAAGAAGUGGACAGUAUUUUCUCGACCCAGUCAGCUGCUACCCCGCUUAUAUGAUAGUCUCAGUGGCUCUGAUGUUGACUAUAUGAAAGCUGGUAGAAGAGAGUUCUUUCUCAGGGAGGGUGAUGUAUUGUAUAUUCCCAGAGGUUUUCCACAUGAGGCUUAUACAAAUUAUGGUGUUGAUGAUGGUUCUCCUGGAUUUUCGUUGCAUGUUACACUCAGUAUUGAGGUCGAACCUCCUUUCGAGUGGGAAGGAGUAGCUCAUUUUGCUCUGCAUUGCUGGAGUGGAAACUGGAAAAGACCAUGUUAUGAUUGCGUUAACUCUCUGUCUCAAAAACUUGAUCUUGUGUCUUUGAAUCUUUUACAUGUUGCCAUUGGGAUUAUUGGCACUUCUGAUCCUAGUUUUCGGAAAGCAUGCUUGAGUGCUGCAGUUUCCUUGCCGCCAGAUGUUUAUGAUAGGCUUAUUCAGAAUCAGAGAAACAUUUUUCUCCACUUGAUUGAUAAUAUUCGGAACGAAUGUAGAUUCUCAGAAGUGCUGAGUAACAUAGAGGUUGCAAUUCAGAAAAAUAAAGACCCAUUUGAGCAAAUCCAAUGGCUUUGGGAUCUUCAUAAGGAAAAAGAGGCCAAAAGUGGAUACAACACAGAUAAAUCUUCCAUUAUUGAAGAUUUAAGCUUUUUGUGUGCUAAACACAACGACAAGUUAGAAGCUUCUUUUUUGAAUGUGAAGUCUAGGUUUUGUAGUGAGGUGGUAUUUGAGGAUGUUGUAACUAGUCACAGGGCGCUUCUUCAGAAGUAUAAAAAGACAAGAAGGCAAUAUAUUAAUGGGAUGAUUUCACUUCAUGAUAAAUUGUAAUAUUGUUGUUUUAUUUUAUUUAAAUUUCCCCCGCUUUGGCAAGGAUUUGCUGAAUCAUAUUCCUCUAGUAGAAUGCUUGAUAUCAGUAGCGUCUUAGCGACCAA